CUCGCUACUAUUGAACAAGAUUCUUUUUUUUUUUCUCUUUACCUUCCCCAAGCCCAGGUGCGAGCGCUUACAAAGGGAAAAAAAAAAUAGGGUAACUAUCAUUGACCGCUACCCCGGCCGGUUGUGUCACGCAUGCUUCCUUCCGAGCAGGGUAACUUAGGUGUUGCUGAAACCAUAUUUGUUUCCCGAGCCUCACCCCAGAUCAGACGAGCUCCAACAACCUACGACAAAACAAUGGACACCCGAGACCCUAACCCAUAUCUGACCAUGCCCGACAAAAAUAUUGAUUUUACUACGUUUGGGAUGUUUAUACUUGGUAUGCUUCUUUUGUUGAUCUAAGAUAGAAGUUUGUGGUUAACAAUUAUGAAUUUAUACAGACGAGAUUCACUUUGAAGAAGAUGAGGAUGUGGUCGAUAACAUCGUUGGAGGUGCUGGGACAUACAGUUCGUGGCUCCCCCAUUCAGUCUUGGCUGUCACUUAGGAUUAGAUUUUUGCAAUACUAUUUUUGUUCCGAGCCGCUUGAGACACUAUUAACUAAUUUUUCUCAAACUCUAGGCGUUAUCGGUGCUCGUCUCUUCAGCCCCGGCCCUCAGGCAAAGGCAAUUGGGUGGAUUGUCGAUGCAGGGAAUGACUUUCCCCUAGAAAUCUGUCAAGACCUCACGGGGUUGGGGACCAACCUGAUCAUACGCGAGGAUCUGAAUAGAAGGACGACCCGUGGGUGGAAUAAAUAUGGGCCUGGAGAUUACAGAGCCUUCAAGUAUCUCACACCCAAGAAGCGCAUUGAAGUUAACGACCUUGUUGAGGUGGGGCUAUUCACGGCGAAAACGGCUCAUCUCAUUUGUGCCCCCGCUCGUGCAGACAAUAUCUGCUCCAGUUUGUACAACGCAUUACAGGAUAGGCCAUCGCAUCCUAUGCCGUUGGUGGUUUGGGAGCCUGUGCCUGACUCCUGUGAUCCUGCGCAUAGAGCGCAAAUGCAUGCUACCCCACUGUCAUUUUUGAUUUUCGGAUGGUGGGUCGGCUCCGCUAACAAUGGCGAUUCCCGGUUAGGUACAAAGUUCUCAAAAUGGUUCACAUCAUUUCACCGAAUCACGACGAGUUGGCGGGAUACUAUGACACAGAAGAUUCUCUUGACAAGAGCAAUCCCGAUACUAUCAAAUCCCUAGCAGAGAAAAUAGCAGCAGCGGGAAUUGGGCAACAAGGGAAUGGCGCUAUCGUUGUCCGUGCGGGCAAAUUAGGGUGUCUCGUUGCUUGCAGAAAGCAUGCGCCUAUCUGGCUGCCAGCAUAUUACCCGCCUACCGAGACCGGGGGCAACAAUCCAAGGGUUAUAGACCCUACCGGCGGAGGCAACGCUUUCAUCGGCGGUAUGUCUAUCUCAAUCGCUAGAAAUGGCUCAGCAAAGUUCGUACUCGCUGCGGCGAUGGGUAUGGUAGCGGCUAGUUUUGCCAUUGAGCAGUUUGGGAUGCCAGAGCUGGAAGUGGUUGAUGGCGAGGAGAGAUGGAAUGGAGUCAGUGUUAGGGAACGGAUGGAGGAGUAUCGGAGGAGAGUGGAGAAUAUGGGUAUUUCUCUAGAUGUAUAGUCCGAUAGCUAGGGGCUUUUCUGUAUUCAGCAGAUUAGAGGUGGAGGUGUCCGGAACCUUUAUUCAGUUUACCUCCGAUUGCGGAUAUCCGAUAGUUUCAUAGUUGGAUGUUUAGCCCCGCCUGCUCCUAUAUUUUUCUCCAAUAAAUCUUGUUCUGACUGU